AUGAUGUCAGAGUCAUUCAACGACCUUAGUAAUAAUAUACCCAAUUCAAGUACUAUACACAAUGACAGAGACAAUGAAGAGAUCAGAAACAGUGGCGAAAGGAAUGAGGUUGAGCCGUUGCUAAGCAAUAAUACGUACUAUAAUCAAAAUCCAGAUAUGGUUAUUGAACAAACGGGUAUUGGAUUAUAUGAAAGUAUAAUAUCAGAUCAGAAUCAUGAGUUCGAAACUGAAGAAACAAGAUGGCUAAGGGACUUUAGACUAAAGCAUACACAUCUACCGUGGCAUAAGAAACCAAGUAUAUACUUGUUAAGUUUCGUAGUCGGCUUAAUUAGUUUAGCUGAUAUAAUGAUUAAGGCACCAAUAAUUCCUUUACAAAUGGAUAAGAUUUGUGAAGCUAUACUAGAAUACAAUAAUGAUACUAAAAUAUGUGAUAAGUCAGAUGUUCAAGAAAUUCUUUCGAAAGUUACUUCAUUUUCCUUACUGCUAUCUGGAAUAAUCUCGUUAAUAUUUAUAUCAAAAUGGAAUGCAUUAUCUGAUAAAGUUGGUCGUGUGCCAAUUUUUAAAUGUAUUGGUAUAAUUAAAUUACUGGGAUUAUUAUUGCAGAUAUAUUCAGUUGCACCAAGAACAAAAGUUACACUUUGGGUAUUUGUAAUACCAAAUAUUAUUGAUGCAUUUUCAGGAGGUGCCUUCACUAUUAUUUCGACAUCAAAUAGCUAUAUAACAGAUAUCAUGGAUCCUGAGACGGUUACUGUUACUAUUAGUUUUAUGAUGAGCGUUUUAUAUGGGACAAUUGGACUGGGUCCUCUUUUAAGUUCGAUUUUAGUCAAAUUUACCAGUAGUAACUUUUACGCUUUAUUUUUCAGUUUAUUUUUGAAUUUGUUAUAUAUAUUGAUUUGUUUUACCUCACUGGUAGAAACGAGACAUCCAGAGGCAAUGAAAAAAUCAAACUUAGAUCAUAAUAAAAGGUAUAGUGAAAUAUGGGAGCAAACUGAAGAGUGUAUUUCUAGACCUAAUAAUAAUUUUAUAAUAAGGAUAACAAGAGAACUAAUAGGUAGACUAGUUUCUCAGAUUUAUGUGCUUCUAUAUCCUUUGAAAAAUUUGUGGGCAGCAAGGGACUCAAAUGGAUCUAUAAAACCCAGGAUAAUUUUACUAACCUUAUUGAUAAUUGAUGCUCUGUACGUCUCCAGUACAAUCUGUACCAUACCAACUUUAGUGCUCUUCACAACUUAUAAGUAUAAUUGGACAUCGAUUGAAUUAGGUUAUUUUAUUUCAAUAACUGGGCUAGGACGAUGUGUAGUACUUCUGCUCAUCGCACCUUUUGGUUUACACUACCUGAAAAAGAAUUACCAAACUAAAACAAUAGCUGCUGAUAAAAUUGAUCUAACGUGCAUCAGAUAUCCUUUGUUUUUUGCAGCACUCUCUAAUGUAUUUAUGCUAUUUUAUGCAGACGAUAUUCGUUCAUUAAUAAUAUUGGUCGUAUGCCAAUGUUUAAGUAGUCUGGCAUCUCCUACAUUAAGUGGAACAAUGAUAAAGUAUUGCCCUUCACAUAAAACUGGAGAGAGUUUCGGUGCAAUGUCAUUUGUAACAUCUAUUAUUAUUUUUUCAAUUUCACCAAUAUAUUUAAGCAUAUAUGGGUCUAGUGUAACCACAAGACCUGAAAUAUUUUUAGUGAUACCGUUAACCUGUGGUACAUUGGCAUUCUUAUUAACAUUUUUUCUUGCCUAUUUAAUGGGACAAGAAGAGUCUAUGACAACGGAAACUGAAUAG